UUCGCCAUGUGCAUUCCUUUCCAGUACAACUGGGACAAGAAGAUCAAAGGAGGCCACUGUAUCGAUCAACAGAUGUUCUUCCGCUGGGCAACCGUCCCGAAUAUCGUGACGGAUCUUGUUAUGUUUUUCCUGCCAAUGCCAGCAGUGUGGGGACUUCAUUUGCCGACCUCGCAGAAGAUUGGAGUAACAUUUACCUUCUUUUUAGGAUCUGUGUACUUCAUUCGACUCCACGCCUUCAAAGAUUUGACGUGGUACUCCGUUGAUACUUACACUUGGACUGUCAUCGAAACCGGUGUUUACCUCAUUGCGACUUGCCUUCCGUCUCUACGCUCUCUAAUAAAGCCUGUUCUG